UGAGAGAGAGACAGAGAGGAGGAGAGGAGAGACAGAGGAGAAGGCUGUUCCUGAUACCGAGACACAGAAAGGCAGAGCCAGGGGUGGAAGAAAGAGAACAGAGGAAUUACAGACAUAUACACAGGCAGCAAGAACAAAUAUACAUAUAUUCUGUAUGUGCCCCUUGUUGCCAUAGCAUCCUGGACCCAAAGCAGCAACAUUCUAAGAACCCUAGCUUCAUGGAUUAACAGAAUCUGCAGGAGGAGAACCCGCCAGAUUGUCAAAUGAAUAACAGGAAGGAAGACAUGGAGAUCACGUCUCACUACCGACAGCUCCUGCGGGAACUGAACGAGCAGCGGCAGCACGGCAUCCUGUGCGACGUGUGCAUCAUCGUGGAGGGCAAGAUCUUCAAAGCGCACAAGAACGUGCUGCUGGGGAGCAGUCGCUACUUCAAGACCCUGUACUGCCAGGUUAAGAAGACCUCCGAGCAGGCCACUGUCACACACUUGGACAUUGUCACAGCGCAGGGCUUCAAAACCAUCUUGGACUUCAUGUAUUCCGCCCACUUGGCUCUGACCAGCAAAAAUGUCAUCGAGGUUAUGUCAGCGGCAAGCUACCUGCAGAUGACCGACAUCGUCCAGGCAUGUCACAACUUCAUCAAAGCUGCCCUCGACAUUAGCAUCCGCUCGGAGUUGUCGGACGAGCUGGUUGAUUUUGAGAUGAACGCGGCCACCGGGGGAAGCGGCAAUGCAGAAGCGUUGGUGUCAAUGAUGUCAGGCAGGAGUACCUCUCCUUGGCUGGCACGGAGAACCAGCCCUGCCAAUUCCUCCGGCGAUUCGGCCAUUGCCAGCUGCCAUGAAGGAGGGAGCACAUAUGGUAAAGAGGACCAGGAGCCCAAAAGCGACAGCCACGAUGACAUUUCUUCACAGUCCUUGUGGUCCAGUGAAUUCCGGCCUGUACAGGUUAAAGAGGAGCAGGUAUCCCCCUCGAACUACAGGAAAGAGGGAUCUACUUCUGCACAGAACACUUUAGGGGAGCAGGGCAGUGGUGAGAGCUGGCAGCCAUCUGGGUCCGGGCGCAGGAAGAACCGGAAAAAUAAGGACACGGUGCGUCACAUCACGCAGCAAGUAGAAGACGACAGCAGGGCCAGCUCACCCAUGCCGUCCAUCCUCUCCGUCUCUGGCUGGACCUACAACAGCCAGGAUAUUCCAGGUGCUGAUGUAAUGGAGCCCAACAGCUCAGACAGCCGAGGAGACCAGUUGGAUUUCUUCAUGAAGCAGGAUGAGGCGCUGGCAGGAGAGGCCAAUUACCUGUCGCAGUCCCUGGGCUCGGAGAAGGAAGAGUCGUUGAGCCAGGGGACCUCUGUGGCUAACCUGCGUGCUGCCCUCAUGAGCAAAAACAGCCUGUUAUCUCUCAGAGCAGAAAUGCUUGGAGAAGACAACCCAUUGCUUUUUGAGUACUUUCCCAAAGGUACACAUUCUUUGUCUCGGUCUGGCUCCUCCAACAACUCCUCGAAUCCUCGUCCAAGGGACACAUUUGAUAGCAAACAAGGGCUCUCUUCUCCUAGCCUUCCCCUGCACACCUCUGCAUGCAGGCCCUCGACUCCCCUUGGUCCCCUCAAUCUGCUCUCUGGGGAUCUUAUACCAGAUACAGUGCCAAGGGAGGAGGUCCCUGACUCGCCACCCCUGCAGGUCAAGAUGCAUGAUGAAGAGGAUAUGCAGAAUUACAAUACAGGCCUGGAUGCGAUUCAAUACUCAAGAUCUGAAGAUCAGAUGACUGACACAGAUACAAGCAAUAAUGAAACCGAGCUGGUAUUAAGUGGUGCAAGCUGGUCGCAGGAGCUGAUGUGUUCUUUAUGCAGGAGAUUGUUUGGCAGCCCGGAGAAGCUCAAGGAACACGAGUACCAGCACACCUUUAUGAUGGCGCUGUCCAUCGACAGUUUUGAAAUUGGGAGGCCCUCGGUGUCCAACCUUGCCAGCUUGGUGCCUCCUGGGCCACAGGGCCGCUAUUUCUGUUCCCAAUGCCCGGCCAGCUUUACUCUCAAAUCAAACGCCGACCGGCACGAGAAGACCAUCCAUUUCAAACGCAAGAUGAUGCAGUGUGACUUCUGUCUCAAGAACUUCCGUGACAGGACUGACCUCAACCGACACCUGUCCUCUGUACAUUCGAGAGAGCGCAUCUUCACUUGCAGCAUCUGCAACAAGUCCUUCAGCACACAGAAAAACCUAGCGACGCACACGAAAGUUUGUUACCAGAGCAUUGUCCAGACAGAUCUCUGGGAAACAGCGGAGCACAACAAAGCGACCAGCAACAGUUAGCGCGUAAUGUCUUGAAAUGCUGGCUCUUGCUUUACAUGAUGGAUAAAUGAAAUCCAGAAAAUGCUAUUCCUCCUGUAUUUUGUAUCAUCUACAGAGUGUGUUUGUAACUUGUGUAUAAUACCUUUAUAAGAUAUUUAAGGGUUUUGUAUUAAAAAAAUAUUUUACUACGAUAUAUUGGAACGCACAUUAGCUGUACACAGUGCAUUCUUUUGGAAUACAGGUUAUUUUUUGUUUGGAUUUUUUAAUCUGAAAGUGAUGCUUUCUGAUGAAGAGAUUGCACAGAUUUUUUGAGCAUGCACGUGCUGGUUUCUUCUGACAGGUUGUGAUGUUUUUUUUGUAAGGAACGGGCUAAUCAUAUAAAACUAGGUGGCUCGGUUUUCUAAAGCCAUCUUUGUUCUUGAGUUUUCAGCCUGACACGGGUCACAAAUAAAAUUUAGUCUUAACUGCAUGUUAGUAUUAAGAGUUUCUGCAGUCCUUGCCUUUGGAAGGUAAUACUGAAAUGACUACUACGUGCAACAGCACUGCCUGCUGGAGCAUUACGGUACUAGCUUUUCUUUUUAGAUGUGUUUGAAAAGAACACAGCAUGUCAUGGCACAAUGAAGGGAAAAUUACAUUAGAGGUAAGCAGAGCCCCCCCACCCCCACUUUUCGCUUCACCCCACUGGUUCUUUCUGAGCUUACCUGAGUAAUUGUUAGAAUUGUCCCAUGUGUGCCUUGCCCUCUGUGACCCUUGCCCCUGGAUAAAGUGUAGGGGGAAGGGGUUAGGCCUGAAGCGGUGACCUCUUUGAACUGUUUCAUAAUCUAGUAGUUUAAGGAUAUGCAGUUUCAUGUCGGCACCACAUCGGGCUGUUUGCUUUCAGGUAACGCUUUCUAUUGUUUGAGGUAAAUGAUUUAAGGCUAAGGUACUUGUAAUUUCUUUUUUUUUUUUUUUUUUUUUUUUAAUCCUGAAAAUAAUUGGAGGACUCUUUCAAAGUUAAUUUUAACCAGAGAGAUUUAUUUGUGUCCCUUUUCUGGAUUUGCCUUUAGUUUUGUUUUUCUUUGUAACACUUUUAUAUAUUUUAUUUGUGGGGCACAGCCUUGUUUGAGGCCCCGCACCUUGAAUUAUGGCAGCUAUGCAUAUUUUGAAAAGGUGUAUAUAUGUAGGAGUGAUACAAAACUGUUUUCCAGGAGCAGGUUCUUCUCCUUUUUAAUUUUCAAUAUGCAAAAUAAACCACGUUCCAGAAAGCUCCAUUUGGGAUUAACCUUGGUAUGAACAUCGCUGUCUUGAUCAUGGCGUUUUACUUAUGCUUUACCUUCAGAACCUCUGCAUAAAUGUAAUUCUAAUUGGGCAUCUCUAAGAAGUUACUGUGAAUAUAGGUCUAUGACUAUAGCCUGAUUGGCUGAGCUAUAUUGAAGGCUGAGUCGUAGGAACCAGUUGUCUAAUUGUGAUGAAACUAUGCAGAUGCAUUUGUAAUAAGAAUUAUUUUUUACAAGAUGUAAGAUGUGGUAGUGAAUCACGAGCCCAAUUUACAUCUGUAUGCUGUAGACAUGAUCAGUGUCUGCACUAUGACACAAGCAACUGACCCUUACUUUUCUAUACGUUUCAGCAGAAUAUAUAUUGGCUUUUUACAUUCUGUAGGUACACAAAGAAAUGGCCCUCUUUGGUUGUGGUAUACAGGAAUUGUGAUUUCUUCUUCUGGUGAUGAGGCCCCGCACAGGUUGCCAGGGAUAAGGACUAAUUUUUUAGACAAUCAAAUGAAAAGUUUUCAGGCCACUGGCACUGGAAUAAAAAUCGGAUGGAAUUUAGAAACCAAAGAGGUGUGUUUAUUUUUAUAUAUGAAAUACCACAGCAGAUAGUUUGCUAGCUAGAUUUACAAUGUGUGUUGACAAGCAAAAAGAUUCAUUUGAAUGAAAUACUUUGUGUAAAUAUGUACAGUUCCUGAACUCAUGAAGCUGAAGUACUAAAUCUUAAUCUCGUACUGUCUGGUUACAUGUUUUAUGAAAUGCUGCUGCUAUGUUAUAUGUUGAUAGUUUUAUAUUUAGGUAAUUGUGUCUGAGACAUUAUUAUAACUUUAAGAAAAUAAGAUCAGUGUUUGUGUAAAUGUGUUGUCCGGUUGUGAUUUAGCUGUGGAAAGGGUUACAUUUCAAUGUGUCUCUCUUUAUUUGAAAUGUGUUUCAGUGUUCUUGUUGUCCAGGGUUCUCUGCUGUAGUCAUUCUUGUAUAGGUGGGGUCAGUACAGCUUUUUGUAGUGAAUGAGAUUUGGAAGGAGCCUUUUUUUCUCCUCCUUCUUGCCCUUGGGAACAGUACUUUUGACUGAACAAACCCAUAGAUAAGAGCCACAAAUGAAUACCAUUGCAUUUAGAUGUGUUUUAUUUUAAUUGUAUUUAAAGCACACCAACGCUCCUUUCCCCGUUUGUGUGUGUGUGUGUGUGUGUGUGUGUGUGUUUAACCUCCUUAUGGCAUCAUCCAUAACUUUUGAAACACUCAUUCUAAAUUCGGAAUCUUCUUUGUACUGUAGAAGUCCAUUAGACAUUGCUAGUGUAGAAAUCUGGACUGCUUUGUGGCCUGGAUAUUUCCAGAGAACACAAUGCAGAAGAUAUAAUUAAGAUGAAUUAUCUUAAUUACUUAGUAGCAGAUUAUCCCCUCACCCACAACUUUCGGAAGCACUUAUUCUUGCCCACAGCAUUUUCAUUCUCAGGAUCACUGCCAAGGGUUGAGGGUUCAUUCAGCUGCUGUAUGUAUUACUGUGUUCAUAACUUCCUAGUUUUGUUAUUCGUAAAGUUAUAAAUCCUGUUACUUAAACCCACCUUUUGUACUGUAUAUCCAAACUCUUGGAUACAGCACUGUUUUUGAAUAUUAAUAAAACAUGAAUAUAAUAAAAUCUGUAUUUUUUUAAAGCACAGUAAUAUUUGGCUGUAGUCAUGUGUUUGUGUUUAAUAAAUGUAUGAAAUCGCACCAGGAUUGUGUGUUUUUGCAGCUGUUGGAAGCGUUGCUGUGGGAUUAUGCGCUCCCAGAACAUAAUGCAUCAUGUUUAUCUUCAUCCUUUGCCAUGAGAGACAAUAUACUUUCACACAUUUAAUAACCUUUACAAUGUAAAAUGAGUAUAAUGGUACUGUAUUAAUUAAAAGGACCAGGAGCCUGAGUGUGCUUACAGGUGGUUAACUGAAACUACAGAAAGCAUGGAACUUAGAAUUCACAUAUAUUUCUAAAGAAAAAAAAAAAAGACUUUGUAUGUUUAUUUUAUGUCUAACUAUCUGCUUCCAAGUAGUGAUCCCAAUCUCAUGUCUUGGUUUUUGAUUUACUAUUGAUGUAUUUUUUUUUUUUUUUGUGUGCAUAGUCAUUUGGUGUUGAUUGCAGUGCUACUGGGUUUAUGGUGUGGCUUUAUAAAAGCACCGAUUGAUCUGCUUACUGUACUUGAGUCUAGAUCACUAGCUAAUUGGCUUCAUCACUGUCCAAAUUAGAAAGGGCAGAGUGCUUAAACUUGCUUCUAAUGACCUGUUUUCCAGGAGUCAUUUCUCUCUGUUCUUGCAGCUUUUCAGUCCCUGUAAAAUAGGUGUGUGCAUCAUGUUGUGUAGCUAUUACUUUCUGCUAACCUAAACAGCUCAGCAGAAUUUGUAAAAUGAUGGAAACUCUGUUGGCUUGCUAGGCUGUAUACUGUGCAUUUAAUCCAAAUGCAUGAAACUGUGAUUUGACUGCUUGAAGCAAAAAUAACCUAAAUUAGUGCCAAAUAUUGUGUUAUAGUUACAUCUGCUCAUUAGUACAUGUAGUGUCCACCAUAUUUGAAAACCGUUUUAUGUUCAUAUUUACAAGUGAAUAUGGGGAGGGGGGGACGUGAUGUUAUGCUAUACGUGACUAAUGCUCCUUCAAAAACAAGCUGUUUUUUUUUUUUUUUUUUUUUUUAUAAAAAGCUUGAACGAGGCAAAAUAAAUUGGGAUGUUUUGAAGUUAGAACUGGGGAUAAGUGACCUGGCAGCAGGAGAUAAAUGUAUGCAUUGCUUCU